AAAACAACAUCUGUCAUUAUUUUUCCAAAUAUAAGUUCUCUCUUCUCUUCCACCAUUAUAUCCCUCUCAUGAGAAUCAUGUCAUGUCAUGUCAUGUCCUGUGACUUCAAACCCCCCAAGAAAACAAAUUUUCCAAAACAAUAAAUAAAUUCACCUAACUUUAAUUCCUCAUUAUUUUCUCAACUCUCUAAGAAAUUAAAUGAUGAGGUCACCUGAACCGAACCGGAGCGGCGGUUUAAUGACUCCAUCACCCCGGUCUAGAAAUCAAUCUCAGUUCCACUCAACCGUUUCAUUGCAAAAAAACCGGCGGUUCAAUGUUUUAAUACUCAUUUUCCGGUUCGCUGCUUUUUGUUUCUCUUUUGCUUCUGCUAUUUUCAUGUUCGCUAACUCUCACGGUUCUGAUUCCGGUUCGGGUUCCGGUUCACUUUGGUGGUACCACUUUGAUGCGUUCAGGUUUGUGGCUAUUGCUGCUGCUAUUGUGGCAUUGUAUUCACUGUUUGAAGUUGGAGCUUCGGUUUGGGAAAUUUCAAGAGGCGCCACUGUUUUUCCCGAAGUUGUCCAAGUUUGGUUCGAUUUUAGCCAUGAUCAGGUUUUUGCAUACAUGUUAUUGUCGGCAGAUUCGGCGGGAACGGCUUUAGCUCGGACGUUAAGAGAGAGGGACACGUGUACGGCUAAUAAUGCAUUCUGUAUACAAUCAGAUAUCUCAAUCGCAUUGGGCUUUGUGGGUUUUAUGUUCUUGGGCUUUUCUUCUUUGUUGUCGGGUUUUCGGGUCGUCUGUUUCAUACUUAACGGGUCUCGUUUUCAUAUGUAAUAAACUAUAAUAAUCAUUUAUGAGUUUAGCUUUCAUUGCA